AGAAUUUAUAACAAAUUUCUGAGAUUAGUCAUAAGCUGUCGAAUUUAUAGCAAAACUAUUAUUUUCUAAAACGCUAAAUAAUAUCUACAAUUUAAGUUUUUCAACAAAAGGGAAUUCGGAAAAAAACAACUACAAAAAUGAAUCGUCUAUUUGGUAAAGGUAAAGCUAAAGAGCCGCCACCGAAUCUGAACGACUGCAUUGCAGGUGUUGAUAGUCGUGCAAGUUCCAUCGAGGAGAAGGUAACAAAGCUGGAUAAUGAAUUGCGAAAAUAUCGGGAACAAAUGUCGAAAAUGCGCGAAGGUCCUGCUAAAAACUCGGUAAAGCAGCGAGCUAUGCGUGUGUUGAAACAGAAAAAAGCUUACGAACAGCAAGUAGAAGCACUGCGUAACCAAUCUUUCAAUAUGGAGCAGGCUAAUUAUGCUGCGCAAUCGCUCAAAGAUACACAAGCCACUGUGGCGGCAAUGAAAGAUGGCGUAAAACAAAUGCAGAAGGAAUUCAAGAAAGUCAACAUCGAUCAAAUUGAGGAUAUCCAAGACGAUAUGGCCGAUAUGCUGGAGCAAGCGGAUGAAGUGCAAGAAGCGCUUGGACGUACAUAUGGCAUGCCGGAAGUUGAUGAUGACGAACUGCAAGCCGAAUUGGAUGCUUUAGGUGAUGAAAUCGCACUCGACGAUGAUACCAGUUACUUGGAUGAUAUGGUAAAAGCACCAUCGGCACCUGAUAAGGAACCGGGUGCAGAUAGUAUUGUACCUGGCAACAAGAGUACAAUUGAAACUGAUGAGUUCGGGUUGCCGAAAGUGCCAACUUCGGUGAAGACAUCCUAAAGGAGUUCAUUUAUAUUGAUAUUAUUAUCAAUAGGAAGUAAAAGUAUCAUUAACGGAAACAAUUUAAAAGUAAAGUGAACGCAUUUGCUGCUCUUGCUGUACACUCAUAUACUUUUCUUUAGAUUAAUAACAUUAAAUAAGCUUUACAAAUAGAAAAAC